GCGGAGCACACGGGAGCGAGCGGAGCGCGGGCGGCGGCGCCGGACCUCGGGCUGCGGGAGCGCGGGCGCCCUGGGGUCCUCGGAAUCACAAUGAGGACCUAGGGCAUCUGCCUGCUGACACCCCCUGGCCUGCAGUGACCAUGGCCCCCCGGAAGAGGAGCCGCCAUGGCCUGGGCUUCCUGUGCUGCUUCGGGGGCAGUGACAUCCCCGAAAUCAACCUCCGGGACAACCACCCUCUGCAGUUCAUGGAGUUCUCCAGCCCCAUCCCAAACGCAGAGGAGCUCAACAUCCGCUUUGCAGAGCUGGUGGAUGAAUUGGAUCUCACUGACAAAAACCGGGAGGCUAUGUUUGCACUGCCCCCUGAGAAGAAAUGGCAGAUCUACUGCAGCAAGAAGAAGGAGCAGGAGGACCCCAACAAGCUGGCGACCAGCUGGCCUGACUAUUACAUUGACCGCAUCAACUCCAUGGCUGCGAUGCAAAGUCUGUACGCGUUUGAUGAGGAGGAGACGGAGAUGAGGAACCAAGUCGUGGAAGACCUGAAGACGGCCCUCCGGACACAGCCUAUGAGGUUUGUGACCCGCUUCAUUGAGCUGGAGGGUUUGACCUGUCUGCUAAAUUUUCUCCGGAGCAUGGACCAUGCCACCUGUGAGAGCCGCAUCCACACCUCGCUCAUCGGCUGCAUCAAAGCAUUGAUGAACAACUCCCAGGGGCGGGCACAUGUGCUGGCACAGCCUGAGGCCAUUAGUACCAUAGCCCAGAGCCUGCGCACAGAGAACAGCAAGACCAAGGUGGCUGUGCUGGAGAUCCUGGGUGCUGUGUGCCUCGUGCCUGGUGGCCACAAGAAGGUGCUGCAGGCCAUGCUGCACUAUCAGGUGUACGCAGCGGAGCGAACCCGCUUCCAGACCCUGCUGAACGAGUUAGACCGAAGUCUGGGCCGGUACCGGGAUGAAGUGAAUCUGAAAACAGCCAUCAUGUCCUUCAUCAAUGCAGUCCUCAAUGCUGGAGCUGGAGAGGAUAAUCUGGAGUUCCGCCUACAUCUACGGUAUGAAUUCCUGAUGCUGGGGAUACAGCCUGUGAUUGACAAGCUCCGGCAACAUGAAAAUGCCAUCCUGGACAAACAUUUAGACUUCUUCGAGAUGGUGCGGAAUGAGGAUGACCUGGAGCUAGCCAGGAGGUUUGACAUGGUCCACAUCGACACCAAGAGUGCUUCCCAGAUGUUCGAGCUGAUCCACAGGAAGCUGAAGUACACAGAGGCCUACCCCUGCCUGCUCUCUGUGCUGCACCACUGCCUGCAGAUGCCUUACAAACGGAACGGUGGCUACUUCCAGCAGUGGCAGCUCCUGGACCGCAUCCUCCAGCAGAUUGUCCUCCAGGAUGAGCGGGGUGUGGACCCUGACCUGGCUCCCUUGGAGAACUUCAAUGUCAAGAACAUCGUCAACAUGCUCAUCAACGAGAACGAAGUGAAACAGUGGCGAGACCAGGCAGAGAAGUUCCGGAAAGAACAUAUGGAGCUUGUGAGCCGUCUGGAGAGGAAGGAGCGGGAAUGCGAGACAAAGACAUUGGAGAAGGAAGAGAUGAUGCGGACGCUGAACAAAAUGAAGGACAAGCUGGCCCGGGAGUCCCAGGAGCUGCGCCAGGCUCGGGGACAAGUGGCAGAGCUGGUAGCCCAGCUCAGCGAACUCUCAGUACGCAAACAUCUCCCCCUUUCCAUAACAGGCCCUGUAUCUUCCCCACCACCCCCAGGGGGCCCACUCACCUUGUCUUCCUCAAUGACAACCAAUGACCUGCCUCCACCCCCUCCUCCUCUGCCCUUCGCCUGUUGUCCCCCUCCACCACCACCACCCCUUCCUCCCGGGGGACCCCCGACUCCCCCAGGUGCCCCACCUUGCCUCGGCAUGGGCCUGCCCCUCCCUCAGGACCCCUACCCCAGCAGUGACGUCCCACUCAGGAAAAAGCGUGUCCCCCAGCCUUCCCACCCACUGAAGUCCUUCAACUGGGUGAAGCUGAAUGAGGAGCGUGUCCCUGGCACCGUAUGGAAUGAGAUUGAUGACAUGCAGGUAUUUCGGAUUCUGGACCUAGAGGAUUUUGAAAAGAUGUUUUCAGCCUAUCAGAGGCACCAGCACUGGCUUCUGGGAGCCAAUUCUCCACAAAAAGAGCUGGGCUCCACCGAGGACAUCUACCUGGCUUCCCGCAAGGUCAAAGAGCUGUCGGUCAUUGACGGCCGGAGGGCCCAAAACUGCAUCAUCCUUCUUUCCAAGUUGAAGCUUUCUAACGAGGAGAUCCGGCAGGCCAUCUUGAAGAUGGAUGAGCAGGAGGACCUCGCUAAGGACAUGCUGGAGCAGCUCCUCAAGUUCAUCCCGGAGAAGAGCGACAUUGACCUCCUGGAGGAGCACAAGCAUGAGAUCGAGCGGAUGGCCCGCGCUGACCGCUUCCUCUAUGAAAUGAGCAGGAUUGACCACUACCAGCAGCGACUGCAAGCCCUCUUCUUCAAGAAGAAAUUCCAGGAGCGGCUGGCUGAGGCAAAGCCCAAAGUGGAAGCCAUCCUGUUGGCCUCCCGGGAGCUGGUCCGCAGCAAGCGUCUAAGGCAGAUGCUAGAGGUCAUCCUAGCCAUAGGCAACUUCAUGAACAAAGGGCAGCGUGGGGGCGCCUACGGGUUCCGGGUGGCCAGCCUCAACAAGAUUGCUGACACCAAGUCUAGCAUCGACAGAAACAUCUCUCUGCUCCAUUACCUGAUCAUGAUCCUGGAGAAGCAUUUUCCUGAUAUUCUGAACAUGCCUUCAGAGCUGCAGCAUCUUCCAGAAGCUGCCAAAGUCAACCUAGCAGAGCUGGAGAAGGAGGUGGGCAACCUCAGGAGGGGCCUGAGAGCAGUGGAGGUGGAGCUGGAGUAUCAGAGGCGCCAGGUGCGGGAGCCUAAUGACAAGUUUGUUCCCGUCAUGAGCGACUUCAUCACGGUGUCCAGCUUCAGCUUCUCAGAGCUGGAGGACCAGCUAAAUGAGGCCAGGGACAAGUUCGCCAAGGCCUUGAUGCACUUCGGGGAGCAUGACAGCAAGAUGCAGCCGGACGAAUUCUUUGGCAUCUUUGACACCUUCUUGCAGGCCUUCUCAGAGGCCCGGCAGGAUCUAGAGGCCAUGAGGAGGAGGAAGGAGGAGGAGGAGCGGCGGGCGCGCAUGGAAGCCAUGCUGAAGGAGCAGAGGGAGCGUGAGCGGUGGCAGCGGCAGCGGAAGGUCCUGGCUGCGGGCAGCUCGCUGGAGGAGGGAGGCGAGUUCGAUGACCUGGUGUCAGCUCUGCGCUCUGGGGAGGUCUUCGACAAGGACUUAUGCAAGCUCAAGCGCAGCCGCAAGCGAUCAGGGAGCCAGGCCCUGGAAGUCACCCGGGAGCGGGCAAUAAACCGGCUAAAUUAUUGACCUGGGGAACUGGCCACACAGGAGGCCGGGAGACAGGGAUGGGUGAGAAUGGGGCUGAGUGGAGUAGGUGGUGAUAUUUAAGCCAUUUGGUGCUUGGUUUAGAGCCCUGGGCUGGGUCCUGGGGUGGGGGGCUGUGUGUGGCUGGACCAGGUGUACUCCCCACGCUUACCUUAAGGGGCUCCUCUCAUCUCCUUCACAUGAUUCCUUCUGCGCCCUGGCCCUAGGGAUUAUUCUGAGGCUGACUUAGACAUCCCUGGAAGGCCUCGGGCCAGCUAACCCCAGGCUGAAGGGGCCCUGUUCCCUAUCCCCUACCAUGGGCACCCAUGUGCUAGCACAGAACAGUUCCAGAUCUAGACUGGAGAGGUCCACAGCCUUGUCCAGAUUUCCUGUGCAGCAUGAUGGAGGGAGCCCCUGAGAGGGAAUCUGGUGAGGGAAUCCAGACUCCUGUCUCUCAAAGGGAGGCUCAACAGAACAUUGACCUAGGGGCAAACUUUCCUCUUGAACGGAAACAGAGGAGGCAUUAUAUAUUCUAGUUAGAUCAGCUCUGGUAGGUUCCAGAAAACAGUCAAUGUUGGAAGGAUGACGCAGGGACCAAAGACAUCAGGACAGAGUAACAGUGUCUGUUUCCCAGGUCCUCUGGCCUCUCCCUGUAUGUCUUAAGUCUCUCUCCCUUCCUUCUCUACCCUCACUGCCAUCCUGUCUACUAAUCCACAAUCCUAGAAGACUCACCUUGGGUUUCCACAGCUAUGGCUUACUACCAGGUGCUUGAUGAAUCUGGCGAGGGGCUCAAGAAAGACCUCAUUCAUCACCACACCUCAUGCCUUGGGCAUCUCCCAUGUCCCCACCUCCUGGACACCUGGCCAUUGUUGUGAAGCCAGACAGUGACCUCAAAUGUUGCCCUGGAGUCCCCUAUAGCCCCUCAGCAGAGGGCAGCACUUGAAUGCUUAGCUCCAUCCCACAGCUCUCUAUUUAAUAUAAAUUGCUCAGGCCUUCCCACCCCUUCUCGAACACCAGCCUCAAGGCAGAAGCCACAGCGGCCUCUGUUCAGCCUGCAGGUGGCCACUUGGAACCAUGUGUCCACUGGCGUUGGAGAGUUGUUUCCUGAGAAGUCUGUGGGCCAGAGCUGCCCUCCGCAUUAACAUGCUGUCUCUAAGGGUAUCUCCUCUCAGGCGUUCGGAUGGGGCGAACAGCAGAGCAGGCAAGGGAAACUGGGGGGUUGGGGAUGGAGGAGGAAGGCUGAGAGGGGGCCACCCCA